AUGUCCUCGAAACAGAGAUCGAGGUCUCUAUCGACCCCCUCAGAGGGUGAGAUCAUUGAGUCAGGCUCAGAGUUGAAGGCAACUGCGUCACAAUCUCCUCUUAAUGGCACCAGCGUUGACCGUCCCCCCAGAGAUAGUGCAUCCUCUGCGCCCAGAUCCCCUGCAUUUCGGCAAGGCAGUCGCUCACCACGCCGACGAAAGUCAUGGACGAGGUCACGCUCCCGAUCCCGAUCGCUUUCUCGCUCACCAUACCGGGACAACCGAGAUAGAGGCUAUAAACGCAGACUCGACGAUGAGUAUGAUGAGUACGAGAGUCGGCAUUCCCGGUACGAGUCCUCGCGUCGCUAUGGAUCCAGAUACGACGAUCGAAAUGACCGCUCAGCUUCCCGCCGGCAAAACAAGCCGUAUCACGACUACGAUAAGGAAGAAUCCUACGGGGGUGGCCUGCGAUACACAGAUGACUACGGCCGACGCCGCGAUAAGCGCCAGCGUACUCAUAGCCGAUCCCCGUAUCGUGAAGUGAGAAAGCAGAAACAGUAUGAUGAGCCAGACUCCAAUGCUCACCCCACAGACUCCAAGAAAUAUGGACCUUCCUCUAAUCAGGUAGUGAGCGAAGGAAAGACUCCGACUGUCUCUUCGGAUUCCAAACUUGGUGCUGAAACAAAAUCGAACCAGGUGCAGCAGAAUUCUCCCGCGCGCGUCCAUUUCGCGGAUGACGCUAAAACCCCUUCCGCAUCGGAUGUCACAGAAGAACCGCAGUCUUCCGAGCCGGUUGAUGAAGCUACUGCUUUGGAGGCGCGUCGAAAACGUCGUGAGGCUAUUCGAGCUAAGUACCGAAGCCAAGCGACUCCCUUGCACCUCAAGGCGUUGCAUGUGGGGGACGUCGACACAGACUCGUCGACUGUUGGCACUGACACCGCCAGUGCGCAGGAUGCAAUGGACUCUCCACGUCCUUCACCGGUACAAACCCCGAACGAGAUUAACGGUGAAGGCUUUCCUGACUUCAACGUCGGCAAGGAUACCGACCUGGUUGAUAACGCUGUGCCCCUCGACGGUGCUGAAAGAGAUGAGCCCUCAGCUGCAGAUUAUGACCCAACCAUGGAUAUGAAAGAAGAAAGACAAAAACAUGACCCCAGCCAGACAACAAAGGAUGAUGUCUCAUCCGCUACUUACGAUGAGACGCAGACGCAGAAGCAAGAUAUCCUUAUCCUGGACGGUCCUUCUGCCCCGCCCCCACCCCCAAAGAGAGAUCCUUACGACAUGUUUGCAGAGGAUGACGACGACGAUAUGUUCGCCGAAGAUAAGGAUGAGCAGCCGACUCACGCUUCAGCAAUGUCUGCUAUCCCUCAAGCAAAGGAGUUGGAUAUCAGCAUGAUGGACAACUGGGACGAUCCUGAAGGGUACUACAACCUCCGUAUUGGUGAGUUGAUCAACGGACGUUAUCAUGUCACACAGAACCUCGGAAAAGGCAUGUUCUCCUCUGUCGUCCGGGCCACCGACUCCACGACUGGGGGUCUCGUCGCGAUCAAGAUUAUCCGCCAGAACGACACCAUGCGCAAAGCCGGUAUGAAGGAGAUCGGUAUUCUGGAGCAACUACAAGAAGCGGAUCCAGAAGAUAAGAAACACCUCAUCAAAUUUCUCCGCCACUUCGAGCACAAGGGCCAUCUUUGCAUGGUCUUUGAAAAUCUCAGCAUGAACCUGCGCGAAGUGCUCAAGAAAUUCGGUCGCGAUGUCGGACUCAACCUGCGCGCUAUCCGAGCCUAUGCGCACCAGAUGUUCCUUGGUUUGAGCCUCCUUCGUCGGUGCAACAUCCUCCAUGCGGAUCUGAAGCCCGAUAACCUACUCGUCAACGAGCAGCGUAACGUGCUGAAGGUCUGUGAUCUGGGAUCCGCAUCCUCGUCCUCUGAUAAUGAAAUCACGCCGUACCUGGUUAGUCGAUUCUACCGAGCUCCGGAGAUCAUCCUGGGUAUUCCAUAUGACUAUGCCAUAGAUGUGUGGUCCAUUGGUUGUACUCUUUUCGAACUCUACACGGGCAAGAUUCUUUUCACCGGCCGAAACAAUAACCAGAUGCUGAAGUCCAUCAUGGAGUGUCGGGGUAAAUACCCUCCUAAGGUUCUUCGGAGAGGCUCGUUGGCCCACCUGCACUUCGAUGAUAUGCUCAAUUUCCACAGUGCGGAAGUGGAUAAGAUUACGGGACGACCUGUGACUCGUGUGAUGGAUUUCAAGAAGCCUACUCGCGACUUGAAAACUCGGUUGAUGGGUAAGGGUACACGUGGAAUGUCUGAUGUUGAAGUGAAGGAGUUGACACUGUUUGUGGAUUUCUUGGAUCGGUGCUUGGGGUUGAAUCCUGAGAAGCGAAUCACUCCUGCCGAGGCGUUGAAGCAUCCGUUCUUGACACGAAAGCCUUAA